CGAGGCCCUCCGCCAUCCAGGCCUGCAUUAGCACACGGAUGCGACACAUUAAUUUGCUCUGGGUAGUUCCCGCGAUCUGCGAAGGUUAUUCCCGGAGAACACGGAGCUGCAGCGGGCUGAGCAGCAGCCACACGGAUGGGUAACGUGCCUACCACAGUGAAGCACUGCCUGAGCUAUGAGCAACUCAUCGAGGACUACCCGUGGCUGAGACGCCUGCUGCAGGAGGACAAGACAAUUACAGGACAUGCCUGUCCAGAGUUUGUUAAAAUUGUUGAAGUUGGGCCAAGAGAUGGACUUCAAAAUGAAAAGGAGAUUGUUCCAACUGGGGUGAAAAUCCAGCUGAUAGAUAUGCUCUCAGGAACAGGCCUGUCUGUGAUCGAGGCCACCAGCUUUGUCUCUUCAAAGUGGGUACCACAGAUGGCAGACCACACUGAUGUACUCAGAGGAAUCCAGAAAGCAUCUAAUGUUCAGUAUCCUGUUUUGACACCUAACUUGCAAGGCUUUCAGGAUGCUGUUGCAGCUGGUGCUACUGAAGUGGCUGUGUUUGGGUCGGCAUCUGAAACCUUCAGUAAAAAAAAUAUUAACUGUUCUGUUGAUGAAAGUAUGCUGAGGUUUGAGGAAGUCAUUAACGCUGCCAAAAAGCGACAAAUUCCAGUCCGAGGGUAUGUUUCUUGUGCCCUUGGGUGUCCCCAUGAGGGACACAUUGAACCUUCCAAAGUGGCAGAGGUGGCAAAGAGAUUAUAUGAAAUGGGCUGUUAUGAGAUUUCCUUGGGAGACACCAUUGGUAUUGGUACUCCAGGAUCUAUGCUUAAGAUGCUGCAGAGGGUGAUGAAGGACGUGCCCAUCAAUGCGGUUGCAGUUCACUGCCAUGACACCUAUGGGCAAGCACUGCCCAACAUCCUUACUGCACUCCAGAUGGGGGUCUCUGUGGUGGAUUCUGCAGUAGCUGGCCUGGGAGGAUGCCCUUACGCUCAGGGUUCAUCUGGCAACGUUUCCACAGAGGAUGUUCUCUACAUGCUUCAUGGCAUGGGCAUUGAAACAGGGGUGAACAUUGCCAAAGUCAUAGAGGCUGGUUCCUUCAUCUGCAGCGCUUUAUCUCGCGAGACAAACUCCAAGGUUGCCCAAGCAAGAAGCACGGCCUGCUGUGAUGCGUCUCUGUAAUGGAACAUCUUUAAAUAUUUUAAUCUGUUCCCUUUAAAGUGCUUCCCCAUUGUUGCUGCCUUCAGAUUUGUUGCCUAUCUUUCUGUAUUUGAACUACAUUAUUCCAUGUAUCUCUUGUAUGUCAUCUAAAUAAUAUUGAAAACUUUCUCAUUUUAAUUUUUUUUACUUUAUUGUUCAUUUCCAGUCUAUAUUUGCCAUCUGAGUACCUUUAUAAUCUACUGAACACGUGCAUCUUUCUUGGCUUAGUUUUCACUCUGCACAGUUUGAUGUAAUAAAAGCAAGCGUCGACCACACUGAAUGGAAAGUGACAGGAAGCUGGUAAUUAUCAAGGGGAGUAUUCAUUUGUGAUCGAGGUUUGUGUUGACGGCUCGAUAAUUUAUGAUCUUAUGAUUUUAUUAGUUUGCAUUGAUCAGUGGCCUUAUAAAAUUAUGUAACAGCGUAUUAUAAUCCUACGUGUAUGAGUGCCUCCAUAUGCACUUUGCUUCUCUGAAGACCUUUUGUGAUUUCCUGUGAACUUGUAUAAAUAAUUCAAAAUAAGACAACUCUCAAAUUACCACAAAGAUAGCAUUUUAAAGGAGGCACAGAGGAGUUUUUGCCAUCAGGUUUGCCAAAGAUCCCUUAAAAAGUUCCUCUUUAUAGUCUUUUUUUUGUAUUUCAGAAUUUUACCAUGACAUAAACUACUGUCUGAGACAAUUGUCUCUGUAAAGUCAAAUGUCCUUUCAUUUUUUGUCAUGUUUACACCCUGCUGUGCAAUCUGUAAAUCAGAA